CCUCUUAUCUCCUGAUAAGACAUAUCGUGUGGAGACACUGCACAUGCUCAGUUUAGUGUGCAUUAGAGAGGUUUUUUUUUUCUAUUUGGAGAGUGCAUGUGAUCAGCACAGGGCCAAUCAACACUGUCCAGAUAGAGGUCAGGGGUUCUGCAUCCUCCUAGAGCAGAAAGAAAACUCCAGUUACAAGCUUUAACCAGUGUUCAGCUGAACACUGAUAGAAGUCACACGACCGCUCUAACUGCUGAUAAGAAAAGGUAUUUAGCGGUUUAUAUUUACUAAAAUAAUUGCAUUUCCAUGUUCUGUGUACUGUGGGAGACCAGAUAUAGUGCAUGCAGGGUCCUGG